UUGCUGUCUGACGGCUCUCUGUUUCGCAUCACCAGUAGUCCACUCCCGUGGGAGGUAUCCACUGCUAUGAAGCCGAGCCGUUCAUCGUUUGCAUCGUUAAUGCUCCUCGCUUUUGCAGUCUUCGCCAAGGGAGAGGAUGUGCUGGUGACCGUUGAGCAGGGUGGUCUGCGAGGAACCACAGCCACGAGCGUCUACAACACCUCUUACACGGCCUUUCUGGGCAUCCCGUACGCUGUGCCGCCACUGGGGAAACUGCGUUUCCAGGCUCCGCAGCCGGCAGGAAACUGGGAUGGAGUGCGUAAUGCCACCCAGUACGGCAGCGACUGCGUCCAACAGGACGGCAGCGGCUCGGAGGACUGCCUCUACCUGAACGUGUACGUGCCGGGCGUUCCAGAAGAGGGCGCGCAGCUGCCCGUCAUGUUCUGGGUGUACGGCGGAUCGUACGUACGCGGCAGCGGCUCUGACCGCGAGUACGGUCCCGACUUCUUCAUCUCCUACGGCGUCAUUUUGGUCACUGUUAAUUACCGCCUGGGGCAGCUUGGUUUCUUGAGCACGGGAGACGCUGUCGCCCCUGGCAACGCGGGUCUUAAGGACCAGCAGCUGGCGCUGACCUGGGUGCAGAGGAACAUCGCGAGCUUUGGCGGCGAUCCUCAGCAGGUCACAAUAUUCGGACAAAGCGCCGGUGGCGUGUCCAUCUCUCUGCAUUUUGUCUCACCGAUGUCCUCAGGUCUGUUCUCACGAGCCAUUAUGCAGAGUGGGAACUUCAUCGGCCGACAUCCACGCUCGACUGCAGCAGCACGCACUCAUUCUUUGAGACUGGGCGCAGCCCUCGGCUACGAAACAGACGAUUCGCAACAGCUGCUCGACUUUCUGCAGUCUGUGAACGCUACAGACCUUCUGGUAGACGACUCACUCAUCCAGACAGAUGAGGAGAAGAAGCAGAUUAUAAGCGUUCUAUGGGCGCCAAAUAUCGAGCCAGACCUGGAGGGUGCUUUCCUUUCUGACUCCCCUAUCCAGAUGCUCAUCGACGGCCGCUUCAGCAAGGUGCCCGUCAUGACAGGCACUACUUCCGCCGAGCUUGGAUUCAGAAUUCUUGAAGACUCUGAGCUGAUCGCCAGUCUGAACGAAGACUCUGCAGCUGUGGUGGGUCCCAGCCUUCACCUGCCCACGGCAGAACAGCAGACAGAGGCCGCCUACAAGUUGAAGGAUUUCUACUUCGGCAACAACACUCUUUCUGUCGAUAAUCCAGACCCUUUGGUCUAUUUCAACGACGACAUCGGAUCGUUCGACUCCAACGAUGCGUUGAUUAGAAAAGUUGUCGAGGUCUCCAACCUGACGCUCUAUUUCUACGUGUUCGACUACAGAGGAGAUAUCGUUGCCACAAACCCAUGGGGAGUGUCACAUGCAGGGGAGUUACCUAUUCUUUUUCUGAGAGAAGAUACAGAAUAUAACUUAGACCCCGACUCAGAAGAAGAGAAAGUGCGCAGAAAUAUGCUGCGUCUCUGGACGAACUUCGCAAAAUAUGGGAACCCCACCCCUGAGGCGGACCCUGUGGUGUGGGAGCCGUACGACCUGAGCAGCCGCAGCUACCUGCUGAUGCAGGCCAACUUCUCGCUCGCACACGACAGGCUUGGCGAGCGCAUGGACUUCUGGCGCGAGAACGUGCCACUGCUGCCGUUUCCCGACACCGUAUGAUGGACAACAGAACCAAAGCGUCAGUAGUGAAGUAUCUUAACCCUGGACUUCAGUUAGCAAUGAGAUAAAACCUUUGGGAUAAUUCGGAAUACUUAAAAACGACGAUCCUCUAUGAAAAAAUUAUAUCACA